CAUCCAUAUAUCCCCUGACUCAGAGCUUAUUAACCUGGGCAACAUCUGAGCUCUUUGUGGUCUCACUCGUCCUGAGGAAGGGAGAAGAUGAUCUGCUGCAUCCUGCUGCUCCUCACACUCACCUCCUGUGUCUGUGGAACAUUUGUAGUGAAUGUGACACAGAGCUCCUAUCAGGCAGAGGAGAACCACAACAUCACACUGGAGUGGAGCUUCACAACCAAACCUCACACUCCACCUGACUUCCUUAUUAUCUUCUGUGAACUGAUCACUGAUCUCAGAGACUCAGUCCUGUAUCAUCUACAUGAGGGUGUUGAGGUCCCAGAGUCUCAGGAUAAACAGUUUUCAGGACGAGUCCAGUGUGACAAAGACGUCCUCAGAGAAGGACGACUCAGACUUCAUGUGUCCAGACUGAGGACUGAGGACUCAGGACCGUACCUGUGUACGGUCCUCACCUCUGAUGGGAGGAGCUCUGGUAAAUGUCGACUCAACGUCUCUGCAGCUGUUGAUCAGCCUGAAACUCAGAGACCAACUGAGAGACCAGAACCAGAGAGUUAUAAAAGGAUCCUCCUCUACGCUGGACUGGGACUGACAGCAGCAGCAGCAGCAGCUCUACUGGUCAAACUCUGCUGUUCCUCAAGUCCUUGUUUCACUAAAUCUCCUGAUGAGACAGUAAACCUUUAUUCAGAGGUGUAAGAGUGACGUUCCUCAGAGAGCAGACUUCUCUCUGUCUCUGCUUCCUGUCACCCUGUUGGUCCAUGAGGCUGCUUUUCUCUGCACACCCAGUCUGACCUCUGACCUUUCACCUCUGUCGCUGUCUCCAUGGAAACAGAGAGAGGGGACCAACACUGGGUCAGACCAUCAGGACUAACAGGACCCUCUUUACUGUGAGAAAGAGUCAGAGCUCUGGUUCAAGACCUGAGUCAUCAAACAUGAGAGACUCUCCCUCCAACAUCUUCUAGUUUAAGUGUCAGAAGAUUUAACUGUGUCAUGAAGGGAAUAUUUCUGUUCCAGGUUAUAUUCAUGUUAUUGUGAGUUUGUGUUUAAAUGAAUCAUUACAGCAUUAAUAACUGAUGUCAGUGUAAACAGAAAACUGAGGGGAAAUGUAUAUAUUAAUCCUCUGACUAUUGAUGGAAACUGUUACGAGGCACAAUCAACUUUCCUCAUGUUCCGUUUAUAAUGUAACUCUAUUGUAAAUGAAUCUCUAUUUAUAUGAGAGAAGUUGUUCUGACUCUGUGUGAGAGUCUUAAUGUCAGAGACCCAGAAGUUUCCAAGAAUUAAAACUGAAAAUGACAAUAAACUUUAUCAAUA